GUUCCCAGUGGAAGUCAUGUUUACAGAAGUUCAUAGACUUUAAUUGUUCUGUUUCUCUGCAUGUUGUGCAAUCCAGAGUGUGUUUUUGUUUGCUUACACAGAGCUGGAAAUUUCUCUUUAUUAUUUACGAGGAGCUUCUAAUAGAGAUCAAAUUCAUUCUGUUUAAGUAAUAAAAUGUUGAACACAAAUUCGACUGGAUCUCUGCUGUGUCGUCUAGCUGUUAUAUUGGCAGUCGCUGGUGUCAUCUCUCUCACCGUCAUGUUUUUAUGGACUUCACCUCAAACCUUUUUACCUCAACAACUUUCAUUUAAGCCAAACUCAGGUAGACACCACGCAGAGAACAACAACUCACUUGAUGAAGCAGUGGUUGACAAACCGAUUCUUUUGUUAUGGGUCUGGCCUCAAAAUUACAGAUUCGAUCUGAGCGACUGUAAAACUAUUUACAACAUUGAUGGCUGUCUUCUGACAGAUGAUAGAUCUCUCUACAGCAACUCGGAUGCAGUGCUUAUUUUUCACAGGGCUAUUAGUGGGGAUCUGUCCACACUUCCUCCAUCUCCUCGCCCUCCGUUUCAAAAGUGGAUAUGGAUGAAUGUUGAAUCACCACACAACACACAACAAAUACCAGGAAUUGAAAACCUGUUUAAUCUGACUCUCACUUAUAGAGAGGACUCUGACAUUCCUGUCAAGUUACGACUGACCAGCAGAAAGAUCCCAGAUGAGGAUUUUGAAAUUCCCAAAAAAGAAAAACUCAUCUGUUGGGUUGUGAGUAACAAUUUGGACUGGACAGGCGUCGGCACCAGAAACGCUUAUUUCCACGAACUUAGCAAGCACGUCUACAUACACGUGUAUGGAAAAGCUUUUGGAUCGUUCCUGGAUUAUAAAGACUACUUUCCCACCAUAGCCAGCUGUAAAUUUUAUCUCUCCUUUGAGAACUCCAUUCACAAAGACUACAUCACUGAGAAGGUAAAUGGACCUCUGGCAGUAGGUACUGUACCUGUGGUGCUGGGACCUCCCCGAAAAAACUAUGAAAGGUUUAUACCGGGUGACUCAUUUAUUCAUGUGGAUGACUUUCCAGAUGCAAAGUCACUAGCAGAAUAUCUUCAGCGUCUGGACCAGGAUGAUGAAGCGUAUCGCAGCUACUUUAACUGGAGGAGACAUUUCUCAGCUCGACCUCAUUUAAUAUUACAGAACCAAGAGUUUGUUCUGGCUAUUUGUACGGCCUGUGAUUAUGUAGGAAGACACAAGGAAUAUAAAGAAGCUCAUGAUAUCUAUGAAUGGUUUUUCAACUAAUGUCAUCUUGGAUUUUAGUGUUAGCCUAACCUUGAAAAAGAAUCACUGCUAAUAAAUGGUAAAGUUACAUCAACUUUGAUACAUCAUAGUUUUAUAUAAUAUGAAUAUAUUAUAUAUUUUAUUUAUAUAUGAAUGAAUGAAUAAUCUUCUGCCCUGUGGUCUUCUGCUCAAACAUUCAUAUUUUGUAAUGCAGCACUGUAUACUGUAAUAGGCUACUAACUAAUACGUUUUUUUUUUUUGGCAUAUUUCCUCAUUUGUCCAACGUCAUCUUCUAUUUGAAUAAAUGUAAAUGUUCAUGUGUUCAUUAUUUUGGUAUUGUCCAUUAAAUGUACAAUUUGCAAGAUAUUUGCAGUAAAAUAUCCAAAAACCACUA